AUGGUGGAUUACUUCAUGUUGUCGGAAGCAGUUGAUUGUCCGUAGAAAAUAAAUGGCAUAUGUCGCCUUUUUGUGAUUCCUUUUUGUGAUAAUCUAGUAUUUAUGUAUUUUAUUUUUUUGGGUUGACUUCUACUGUUACAUCCAGUAACAUUACAUCCGAUACAGUAGUUACUUAAGUUGGUAUAAGCGCUGCUCGGCAGCUAAAAGGAAAGCCAGAGCAGAAGCCAGGCAGCCUCUCCGAUAACUAGGUCAGUCGGAACCAUGUGGGACGUCGAGAUUAGAGGCAUGGCUUCAGCCCAUGCCAUCAUUGCUGCCUCCAUCUUCAUGGCGACGAUUAUGCCAGCUGUUCUUGUGGAGAAGUUUUCUGUAUAUGGGACCCACUUGGUCUGGCUGUAUUCUGUAGCGGGGUCUGUUGCUGUUGUCAACAUAGCUGUGUUUUGGCUUCUUGGCAUUAGUCCACCAACAAAGAAGAACACACUGAGUUAUAAGUUGUCUAAACUGUUCAGAUCCUGUGUGUAUUUCCUACUGUCAUGUCUUUUCUUCCACACUGUGGUUGUGCUGUAUGGAGCGCCGCUGCUAGAGUCAGCCCUGGAGACAUUUUCCCUGGCUGUGCUGCUCUCCACUUUCACCACACUGAGGUGUCUGUGUAUCCUGGGCCCAAAUGUACAGGCAUGGAUUCGUGUGUUCAGUAGGGAUGGAGCAAUGUCAGUGUGGGACACAUCUCUUCAAAUCACCACCGGCUGCAGUGUAGUUGGGGCCUGGCUUGGAGCUUUCCCUAUUCCUCUUGACUGGGACAGACCCUGGCAGGUGUGGCCUAUUUCAUGUUCCCUUGGGACAACCAUAGGUUUUCUGACGGGGCUCCUGACAGCCCCGCUUUGGAUCCGCUGGCAUCGCAAGCAGCUCACCUACAAGCUCAAGUGAAGAACACUGAACUCACAGGCAAAGGCCAAGUUGUGGAUGGACAUCGAAGGGCUGUGAUAGUCAAAAAAAAAAAAAG